UUGAAUUAAUUAAUCGAAAAACAAACUACCAAAUGGAAGCCAACAGAGAUUUGCAAUCCGCGAUUUUCGCAACUGAAACAGGAAAACAAUUGUCUGAAUAUCAUAUUAAAUUGCUGCAAAAACAAAAUAUUCGAACAGUGGAAGAAUUUGUUCAAGCAAAUAAGUUACACAAGAUACUCGCGCUUAGUAUCGAUACAACGGAGGAAAUUAAGCGGGAGAUUUUGGAUUUAUGUGUGCGAAGAAUUAAGCUUAACUCAAUUUAUAAAAGCAAGCCCAUAAACUACUCAACAGGCAUAGAAGAAUUGGAUAACCUUUUGGAUGCGAUUGGGCAGCCUUUGCGACCAGGUCGUGUGUGGGAGCUUGUUGGUGAAAAUGAUGUGGGCAAAACCGAAUUGCUGCACACGCUGGCUGCAAGUUUCGUUUGUAAACAGGAAGACAAUCAGCAGGUGCUAUUUGUUGAUACCAAUUUGGACUUUGACAGCGAACGCCUAGAUGAGAUACUGCGGGAGAAGCAGCUAAACGAGGAAGCUAUAGAUAACUACUUAGAUAGGAUCAAUGUGAUUAAAGCAUGUUCUGCAGAAGCUUUGCUGGCAGCUCUUAAAGAACUGCUGCAGCAGCUAGAAAGUUCCAAAGGAAGUUUCUCUCGCAUUAAACUGAUCCUGAUUGACUCCUUGACAUCGUGUUAUAUUCUAUAUCGCAGCAACUAUGAGCGCAACAAGGGACGCAGCUUUCUAACAGAGUUGACCAUGGUUAUACGUAAGCUAGCUGUGGAACACGGCAUAGCUUUUAUCAUAGGCAACGCGACAUUUGGUUUGGAUGAAGAAUCUGCAGAUGAUGAUGAAGAGCCGUUGUGUCACACAGGAGCACUGAAUCCAGAGGAUUUCAACUACUUGGGGGACUACUGGAGCUCCGUUUGUACCCUCAUCCUGUCGCUGGAGCUGGCAGAGGAUUCUGGGAAGGAGAAUAGUCUGCGUGUGCUGAAGGUGCUUAAAAAUAGCUGUGGCAUCGAAGAGGGCAGCUGCUGGCUGCGCCUGACAGAUGCUGGCAUCAUUUGAAACCUA